AUGGCUUUUAACAAGAAAUAUGCUGGUCUUCCGGAUCUGGACCCUGCUCCAGAUAUCUAUGAGACCCCUGACCUGACCGACGAAGCGUCCACUCUCCCAACUGCCACAAUUCGCACAGACUCCGAUCAUGAUGACAUUGGCUCAAGCCCCGAUAUUGACCGCGGAGGUGUUAACGCCGACAAAGCACGCGCUCAUUUUAUGGGCGCUGCGGUCGACGCUCGCGAUACAAAUUUCUCUGACAGUAUCUCCAUGAAACGACAAGCAUACCGAACCAAGGAUAAGAGUCAGCAUCGACGACGAAGACGCCAGGACGGUACCGAAGAGGUCGGCGACUUGAGCGACAGUGGGGACGAGUCGGUCGAACGGCGCCUCGCUCGUUUGCGACGAGAGGUGGAGGAUUUGAAAGUGGAGAUGGCAAAUAAAGCUUCCGAUCAGAAGACAGUCGUGGAGAGUGGAUCAGGUGCUCCUGCCUCGGAGCCAUCUCAGGCAGAUGAAGAACUAGGCGAUGGUGUUGCCGAGUUGAGCCGCGCCUUGGAUAAUCUGCAUGCUUCCUCGCGAGGCGCAUCGAACACAUCUUACUCGGCUGCCGCUGUGCUCGUUCAGAAACUUAGCUUAGAGUUAUCUGCACCAAAACCGGAUACUCAGAAGCAACAGCACCAAGAAUUAAAGCCCGAGGACGCCGGAUCAUCAGCUGUUGUAGCUUUAGCGCCAACUGGUAUUAUCUCUCAUGCCGCUGCUUUUGAAAGCCGACUAGCGCUCCUUGAAGCUUCAAUGGGAAUCUCAAGUUCUUCGAAUCCUUUCAUUGGAGACGCACUCAGCGACCCUGCUCUUCAGCCUGUUCUCCCGGCCCUAGACCAAUUGACCUCCCGAAUCGGCGCCCUGACCGGUCUCCUCGUGGGCAGCAAUCCAACAUCUGGGAUCCCAACCGCAGUCCCAGGACUGACAACGCCACAUCUUGAAGCACUUUCAUCUCGAGUCCGUAAAUUGACCACCGACGCUGAAGCACUAGCCUCGGCCCGGAGACGCGCCGCCGAUGCUGCCAAAGCAGCACAAUCAGUUCGCAUCGCUUCUUCAGGCUCAGAAGAAGCCGGCGCCGCUGCAAACAUCGAUGGAUCUCACCCCGCGGAUGACGAACAAACCGCUAAGAUCCAGGCUCUUUACGCUACCCUCCCAACUAUCCAGUCCCUACACCCUCUCUUGCCCAGCGUGCUAGAGCGUCUUCGCUCGUUGCGAGCGUGCCACGCUGGCGCCGCACAAGCCGCAGACUCUCUCAAUGAGCUAGAAAAGCGACAUGCGGAAAUGGCAUCGGAGAUUGAGCAGUGGCGUGAAGGUCUAUCAGCUGUUGAAGAGAAGAUGGGCCAGGGCGAGGCGGCACUCCGCUCGAAUGUUGAAACUGUUGAGCCUUGGGUGCGUGAACUGGAGUCGCGUAUGGCUAGGCUGGAAGGUCCACCGGGCUCAUUGUAG